AUGGCCUGGAUCAGCAAUUUCUCCUGGUUUAAUCACUUUGCUAUACAUGACGAACAUUUCAGCAGGUACUUAAACAGCACUGAGGAUUACUUAGCCUUCCUAUGUGGGCCCAGACAGAGCCAUCUGUUCUUGCCAAUGGCUUUGGUGUACACCCUGAUCUUCAUUGUUGGGGUGGUAGGUAACUUCUUAGUUUGCCUGGUAAUCCUCAAGCACCGGAAUAUGAAGACCCCAACUAAUUACUAUCUCUUCAGUCUCGCUGUCUCAGACCUGCUCUUGUUGCUUUUUGGAAUGCCACUGGAAGUCUACGAGAUGUGGAGCAACUACCCCUUCUUGUUUGGGCCCGUUGGCUGCUAUUUCAAGACGGCACUCUUUGAGACAGUGUGUUUUGCCUCUAUCCUCAGCGUGACCACAGUCAGCGUGGAGAGAUAUAUUGCCAUCCUCCAUCCUUUCCGAGCCAAGCUGGAGAGCACUCGCAAGCGUGCCCUGAGGACCAUCGUGGUGCUCUGGGUCCUCUCUGUCCUCUUCGCCCUCCCUAAUACAGGCACCCAUGGCAUCAUGCUGCAGUAUUUCCCCAACGGCACCCUCGUCCCUGGCUCUGCUACCUGCACUGUAGUCAUGCCCAUGUGGAUCUACAACUGUAUUGUCCAGAUUACUUCCCUCCUCUUCUAUGUGCUGCCUAUGGGGGUAAUAAGUGUGCUGUACUAUCUGAUGGGGCUAAGAUUGAAAGGAGACAAAUCUUUGGAAGUGGAAGAAAUGGCUGUGAAUGUUCAGAGACCAUCCAGGAAAUCAGUCACCAAGAUGUUGUUUGUCCUUGUGAUGGUUUUUGCUAUCUGCUGGGCUCCUUUUCAUAUAGAUCGACUCUUCUUCAGCUUUGUUGCGGAAUGGACUGAGCCUCUGGCUAAUAUAUUCAACUUAAUUCAUGUGGUGUCAGGUGUUUUCUUCUAUCUGAGCUCUGCUGUGAACCCCAUCAUUUACAAUCUGUUGUCCCAGCGCUUCAGGAUGGCUUUCCUCAGUGUGAUUUCUCCUUGCUGCAAACACUGGGCCCCUAAACAUCCCACUAGCAAGAUUCCUGCCCAGCAGAGCAUCUUUGUGAUUGAGGACCACAAUCUGACAGACGCUGCUGAAGACACAAGUCUCCCCGGCACUCACAGGACAUCUGUCAGCAGUUCUCAGCUCUCCACUGGUCUGUGA